GUUGGUAACAAAGAAUAGUGUGGCGUCAGGCGGGAUGAAUUGGCCACUCACCCCUCCUUCCGCACACGCUUAGAGUAUAAAAGGGGGACUGUGGAUACUCUCGGUAGAGUCUGCUGCGGGUUGCGUACGGAUGCCCAGCCGGUAUUGAAGCUGCUCUCUACCUGGAGUGUUGGCUCUCCCUCCUAUUGGCGCACGUGGUAACCAUAUCUGUUGCAGCUUGGUGGGUGCUUGUUGAAGUGGGAGCUGCUGAUUGGACGACCCUCGACGGGAGGACGCAGAGAUGGAGGACAUCCGGCGCCGAGGAAUUGGAAAUGACUGGGUCAUCUGCCUCCUUGCCGUUGGUGCCAUGGUCCGACUCUCCUGGGGAAUGACCGAAGGUCAUGCGUGCGAGACAAGCCAGUUCAUCGGGAUAUCAUUGAGGAACGACUUGGACGGCAAUUGCAGAAGAGGAUUUCACCAUCGGGGAGGUUGGGGAUAAUGGUAAUAUGAGGUGGGGGUAUCAUAUCACGGUCAUUUCUAAAGAAACAAUGACGCCAAAAAUAACUCAAACAUACUUGACUCCCAUCCUUGACACUUGUACACAUCUAGCUCAAGCAGUGGUUGAAACCAGGAUAUACUGGACAAUUCACUUUCCCCCGAUUCCGAUAUGUAAUAGAAUAAAAAGGGCUUGGUAUGAUACUUUGUUGGGGGGAACGGGAACCGUAUUGGGAUUGGCAAAUACUGCUGAUAAUGAGGUAACUAGGACCAUGCUGUCCAAUACUGGAGAACACUCUGCCAGGGCCUUGCAUCAAAUAGGGGUUUGGCUUCCUAAAGCUCUGGUGGGACAAAAAGAAAAUGCAAAACUUUGGAAAACAGUGUUUAAUUGGGAUAUCAAAUUAUGGGAUGAAGCAGAGAAAGUGCUUCAGAACUUGACAGAACAGAGUAGCUGGACAGUGUGUAGUAUUCAAACUCUACACGCUGCGGCUCAAAAAGAGUCGUUUCUAAGGAUAGUUACGUCGGGAAAUUAUCAAGAGUGGCGGAAGGUUUGGAACAUUUCCGACUCUUUGUGGUUGACAUUACAUCCCGAACAUACCAAAUGUAACAAAAAUAAAUGUACGGGGUACUGGACCCAGUACAACGUGACGACAACAAAGGUGGUUUGUAAAUAUCAGGUUUUGCCUGUUAUAACAACAAGUGGAUAUUGGUUUUUACACAUGGACGGAGAGUGGUUUGAACCAAAAACCAACAAAACCUUUAAAUCAGAUUUAUGUGAUUUAACAGACCAAGGGUUGGCUUGCAGAUUACAACAUGCGUACUCGAAUCCGUGCCUAACCGACUCAGAGGUUGUACUUUGUGAUUGGACUAGGGAGCCAGCCAGAGAGAUGAUGUGGCAAGUUGGACCGCAUACUCUCUGUGUGGCUACAACACAAAAUAACUCACAAGUACCUUCGGUUCCUUUUGUAGGAUGCCUUCAAGAUGUACACAUAUGGCGCUGGGGAAACAUGACGUAUCGUUUGACUAACUAUUCGGAGUCCCGCAGGUUGACUGCGGUCCAGUGGGAGGUACUACGCUCUCCCUGGUCAGUGUCUCUGGAACGAUUCAAAUGCGCAUUGGAGAGUUCUACAGACAUCCAAAAACUCAUCAAGUCACAUGCGUCUAACAUUUCCAGUCUCAUGGUGUCAACUAUGGUAGUAAAAGGGGAAGUAGUGCAUGCCGCUAAAUUAGUACAACAGGCUUCAGCUCAUCAUUGGUGGGACAUCUUCACAGGAAUGUCCUCCACUGCGCGUACUACUUUCUUGCCACCCUUGAUCGUGUUAAUGAUUAUUUGUGUGCUUACGCAAUGCAAUAUGGGAACUUGCUAUUAUGUGCGACGCAUCCGGCUUGAGGUAGAGAAGGAAAUAUAUAAUCGCCUAUAAUCAAUUGCUUACAUUUUGAAUGAUGGAAAAACAUCAAGAGUGGAAUGAAGUAAGAAUAAUUUUAUUGUGUUGUUUUUCCAUAAUUAAAAGAUGUUUCGCAAUAGCUUCGUAUAUGUUUCGCAAUAGCUUUGUAUAACCUAAAAGACGAUCGCAAUAGCUUUGGAUAACCAGCAAUGUCAUAAAAAGAUGUUUUUGUGUUAUAUGAUGUCGUGCAACGCCAUCUGUUGGUAACAAAGAAUAGUGUGGCGUCAGGCGGGAUGAAUUGGCCACUCACCCCUCCUUCCGCACACGCUUAGAGUAUAAAAGGGGGACUGUGGAUACUCGGUAGAGUCUGCUGCGGGUUGCGUACGCAUGCCCAGCCGGUAUUGAAGCUGCUCUCUACCUGGAGUGUUGGCUCUCCCUCCUAUUUGCGCACGGUAAGAGCUGGAUAUUCUUCAAAGAGCUGGUUGGAUAUUACUUAGCUUCAUACCACGUGAUUUGUGCUUGUGCUUGUGUUACCA